AUGGCAGACUCCUCAAGCUCUGCUGCGCCCUCGGGCGCUGCAAAGCCCAAGGCGGCUCCGAAGCCGCCUAACCCUGCCUUCAAGAUGAUGGGUCUCCCGAAUAUGCGCUUCAAACUGCCCUCCCGCAACUGGAUGAUCUUCCUCACAAUCACAGGAUCGUUCGCCGGUACUCUUAUGUACGACCGUCGCGAGAAACGCCGAGUGCAACAAAAAUGGUCGGAGCUCGUGGCUCACAUCUCAAAAGAAUCUCUGCCGAUUGACCAAAUGCGCCGGAAACUGACGGUGUAUCUGGCUGCGCCCCCCGGAGAUGGCCUGCGCGUCGCUCGAGACCAUUUCAAGGAAUACGUCAAGCCGAUACUCGUGGCCGCGGCUUUGGACUACACUGUCGUCGAAGGGCGUCGGGAGGGCGAGGUGAGAGCUAGCACGGCAGAGAGCAUCCGUAAGCUGCGCCGGAAGGCCGGCGAGCCCAGCUCAGCCGUCGAAGAAACCGGUGUGGAGGCGGUUGUCGCUGCUACCCGGGCAGGCAUGGGAAUCCGCGACGAGCCAGGCACAAAGGGCGACUUGGUCAUUGGCCGACACACCUGGAAAGAGUAUAUUCGGGGCUUGCAUGAGGGAUGGCUUGGUCCUUUGGAUGCCCCAGCUCCACCUCAAGAGGAGCUGCCGGUGGAUACUCUCGAGACCGCUAGCGCGGAGCAACCCGCUGGUCUCAUGAACCCCGAGGUCGCAACCAUCGAUUCCCCCGAGUUCUCCGAAGACGCAAAACCAGAGACACCCGAGACCGAGGCCGAGGAACCCAAGAAGGAAGAAGAAAAAGAAAAGAAGCCCGCAGGCCCUACUCCCGCAUACAUCUAUCCCUCCGAAUACUCGUCCGCCAGCCUCCCCCCUUCUCUCCCCCAGUCCUUCGACAGCUCCAUCCCCGUUGAAUUCCCCCACCUUCUCGGCUUCCUGAACACUCCCAUCCGAAUUUACCGCUUCCUCACACAACGAUACCUUGCCGAGGACGUCGGCCGCGACGUUGCCGCACUCGUCCUUGCCAAUAGCUCCCGUCCAUACCGCGAUGACGCAUUCAGUGCAGACUCCGAACCCACGGCUGCCAGCAUCGACUCCACUCCAUCUCCCGACAGCUCGUUCGCCGAUCUCUCCCCUCGCAACUACGAGCAGCAGACCGUGAUGCAGGCUGCCGAGAAGGAGUGGCACAAGUCUGUGCACAAGCGCGAAGAAGACGAGAAGGAGCGCGAGUGGCUCGACGAUGUCGUGCUCGAUCCGCGCAUUGCCUCGCGCAUGCAGCGCGCCAUUCUCUCUCCGGAAGACGAGGCUCGCUCCCAGCGCCUUGCUCAGCAACAGGAGUACAUCCUGGGCGAAGAGCGUCCGGCUCCCGUUCCUUUCUGGAAGCGCAUGUGGAUUAAGUACGGCAAUGGUGAGAGUGAAGAGGACCUGCGACGCAAGCCCAUUCUUGGCAACCUUGACGGUGAAGAUGGACAGUAA